AUGGAGCAUGGCAGAAGCAUGGGAACCUCGCCCAGUCGCCGCGAUGUGUUGUCGAGCUCAGCCCAGCAGAGGUUCCUGUCUAGCUCCCCAUUAGCUGGACGAUUUCUUGCAGAAGAUAUAGCCGCCUGCUCCGAGGACGACUAUGACGACACCGCCGUGGAGGACCAUGGCGAGGCAGAACGUCCCAGUCACCUCAUGUAUCGCCGCCCCAGCGGCGUUGCCUAUGGCGGAACAAGACCAGUUUUUAAUGCGCAGCCCAUUGAUGAGCCCAUCCUGACGCCAAUGGAGAGAAGACAGUCUCGCCAUGCUGAAAGGAGUCUCCUGCGAGACAACCAUGUGCUGCCCCCCAAGCACGGAAACCAGAAACAGACGCAAUCCUUUGCCCGUCGCUUGUACAACAGACUCUUUAGCACAAAGCUCCCCCGUGAAGCCGUUGACGAGGAAUCGUCUGAAUACCCUCCCACCGAAACCUCGCCGCUCCUGAAUGGACAUCGUGAGGGCAUGGGCUCCGAUGCUGGGUCCGGGUCAGCAGAUGAUGGGUUGGAGCAACAGUGGGAAGAAGCCAUUGCGUCUGGCCGACUGCAAACGACGUGGCAGAGAGAAACAAAGACGAUUGUGGCCUAUUCUUGGCCACUAAUUAUCACUUUCGCCUUGCAAUAUUCUAUUAAUGUGACGAGCAUUUUCGCCGUGGGCAGAAUUGGCAGGGUUGAGCUCGGUGCUGUUUCAUUGGCCAACAUGUCACAAGCAAUCAGUUGCCUCGCCCCCUUCCAAGGCUUAGCAACGAGUCUGGACACUCUCUGCGCCCAAGCUUACGGCUCAGGCCACAAGCACCUGGUCGGGUUACAGUGCCAACGCAUGGCAUGUUUUCUCAUGUUCAUGUCAGCCCCGGUCGCUAUCCUCUGGCUAUUCGCCGACAGAAUCCUCGUCCACGUCGUCCCGGACGCAGAAACCGCCCGUCUGGCAGCUCUGUAUCUCAAAGUCAUGAUCGCCAGCAUCCCCGGCAUCAUUCUCUUCGAAGUCGGCAAGCGAUUCACCCAGGCGCAGGGCCUUUUCCGGGCAACUACUUACGUGCUCCUUGUUGCGGCCCCCAUUAACAUCUUUAUCAACUGGCUUCUUGUCUGGAGACUGGGUCUAGGCUUCGUCGGCGCCCCGAUUGCCGUCGCCAUCACGGAGAGCUUAUUGCCAAUCCUUCUCCUCUUGUACAUCGUCUUCAUUGAUGGCAGGCAGUGCUGGGGCGGCUUCAGCAGGCGCAUCUUUUCCAACUGGUGGAUCAUGAUCAAGCUUGCUCUACCUGGCAUGAUCAUGGUUGAGGCGGAAUGGUUCGCCUUUGAGAUUAUGACUCUCUUGGCUGGCCAGCUCGGCACGGAGUACCUCGCUGCGCAGAGCGUCCUUGUCACCUUAUCCAGUAUCUCUUACCAGAUGCCGUUUCCCAUGUCCAUCGCUGCAUCUACACGAGUGGCAAACCUCAUGGGCGCAGGGCUUGUGGAUGCCGCCAAAAUAGCUGGCAAAGUGACCUUUGUACUAGCAAGCAUCCUUGGCGCCCUCAACGUCACCAUCUUCUCCUCCCUCCGCUUCCACCUCCCCAUCCUCUUCACCAACGACCCAGAAGUCAUCAAGAUUGUCGCCAGCGUCCUCCCCCUUGUGGCCGUCAUGCAACUUUUCGAUGGUCUCGGCGCAGGAGCUCAUGGCCUCCUCCGCGGCAUUGGCAAGCAAUCCAUUGGUGGGCCAGCUAAUCUCAUCUCCUACUACGUGAUUUCCCUCCCCAUCUCGCUUGGCCUUGCGUUCGGCUUAGGCUGGAACCUUGACGGCUUAUGGAUUGGUCUUACUGUCGGCUUGGCACUGGUGUCUAUCAUCGAAUACACAUAUCUCCUUAACACAGACUGGCAUAAAGCCGCCCUUGAAGCAGAAGCCCGAAAUGCCGCUGGUUGA